AUGGUGCACUCACAGGGGCCAUAUGGUGAGAACUUGGCUGAAGGCUAUGGAGAAAUGACCGGCGGGCAGGCUGUGAAGUUUUGGGUGACUGAGAAGCCCAACUACGACUAUGCCUCCAACACCUGCGUUGGUGAUGUCUGUGGGCACUACACUCAGGUGGUUUGGCGCAAUUCGACUCAUGUGGGUUGUGCUAGGGCUAAGUGCAAGAAUGGCUGGAUGUUUGUGAUUUGUAGUUAUUACCCUCCUGGAAAUUAUAUAGGAGAGCGUCCUUACUAG